GUUCUCACCCACCUCCUCCUUCCAACUACCUGUCCACCUUCUCCGUUGUCCUCCCUCCGCCGUUCCUUUCCCUUUGAUUCCUCCUUCAGUUCUUCCUCCUCAAUGUCGGACCACAACCCCAAAGAUCCAAACAUCAACACCCUUAGCACCGACCUUACCGAGCUCAUACUCUCUUUCCUCCCGAUUCCUUCCCUCCUCCGCGCUUCCUCCGUCUGCAGGCUUUGGCACUCCCUCAUUUCAUCUCCUUCUUUUUCCUCCCCUUCCCUCUCCCACCCCUGGUUCUUUCUCUUUGGCCUGCACAACACCUCUGCUAAGAAUAACCAGUCCUUUGCCUUUGACCCCAUCUCCAAUUCCUGGUUCCGCCUUCCCGAUUUCCAUGAUUCCGAUUCCUCCUUUCUCGGCUCCAAUGGAUUCUUCUUCACCACCACUCCCAAAUUCAGCUACACCCCAGUUCUGAAAACUGCCUGGCGUUUCACCUCUCCCCUCAAAUACUCCAGAAUCAACCCCCUUCUGGGGGUCUUCCACGAUCCAACCUCUGGUGGGUUAGGAUUCAAGUUUAUUGUCGUCGGUGGGGUCAGGUUUGUCGGUGGCUUGGUUGAUAUCGAGGAUAGGUUGGCCGUGGAGAUAUACGAUCCCAAUCUUGAUUCCUGGCAACUCUGCCCUCCCCUGCCGGCAGAUUUCCGGUCAGGGAACUCUAGUCAGUCUCUGUCAUCUGCUCUGUUCAAACGCAGGUUCUAUGUGUUUGGGAUCUAUUCAUGCUUUGUCUCGUCUUUCGAUUUGCAAAAGCAUGUUUGGAGCGAGGUCCAGACCUUGAGGCCUCCUGGGGUUAACUUUUCUUUCUUGAUUGCGUGCAAAGACAUGCUUGUUUUGGCCGGAAUGUGCAACCCCCCACGCGGGCCGUCGUUUAAUCUCUGGAAGAUCAAUGAGGAUACCAUGGAGUUCAGUGAGAUUGCUAUCAUGCCCCACAAUUUGCUUUAUAGUUUGGUGGAUAGCGAGGAGGAGGAUAAAUUUGCUAGCUUGAAAUGCGUGGGAUUGGGUAAUCUGAUCUAUGUGUUCAAUGAGGAGUAUCACAAGAAAUACCCUGCUUGUAUUUGCGAGAUUAAUGGUGAGAAUGGGAAAUGCACCUGGAGGAGAGUGCCCCAGUUGCCGUCCCCUGUUAACAAGUUCCACAAGGUCAUUAGCUUUUGUUCAACAGUUUCUCUCAGCAGCAUACUUCGCCGGGAGGAUGAUGAUGUUGGCCCAAUUCAAGCUAUGUAUGACUGAUUGAUUCAGGGAAUACUCGAUAGGAAUGAACCCUGAAUUCCCUUAUCUCUCUUUAUGCUUGAUGCUUGAUUAAUGGUAUUAGAACCUCUUAUUGCAUGAAUGACUUUAUAUUUAUCAUUGUAAAUUUAUAUUAACUAUCACAUGUUCAUCUUUGCCCCUUUGUUUGAAUACGUGAAUAGUUAUUGGAUUCAAUUAGUGUGCACUUUGUAACUUUGAUCAGGAAUGAAUCUCUUCUCCAGUA